UCCUAGCGUAGCGGCAACUUCACCAUGCAAUCGAUCGUACUGCGUUAUUAUCGCGUUAAUAAGACCUUCAUGUCUCAAAUUGGCGUCUGGCCCUAUCAAAGCAGAACCAUGAGAAUAUUAAUACCGAGUAUGAUAGUGUUAAUAGACGUCAGCUGUAUUAUAGCGGAGAUAAUACGUAUGCUCGAUACUUGGGGUGACGUUGAUAUCGCAGUCGAGUGCAUGAUUUCGAUAAUAAUUGUAGUCGGCUGUUUUACGAAAUUAUUCAAUCUUAUCUUUAAGAUCAAGGAGAUGCGGCACAUGUUUUCCCUAAUUGAAUAUCAUUGGCACGUGUUUACCAAUUCCACGGACGUCGAGAUCAUGCAAGAUUACGUUACAUUCGGUAGAAAAGUGGUAAUAUUUUACGCAAAAAAUCAAAAGCGUGGCGCGGUGUCGAUUUGUCUCAACGGCUUUCUGAAGCAGAUUUUCUUAAGUAAGAAUAAAUAAAUACUUAUUUGAUUUUAUUCUCCCGACUGCUGCCAACCUUCGGUUGGCGAAGACGAGGGAGUAUGCGUUUCACUGGGGCCGAACCUUUGUUACCUUAGUUCUCGAUAACUACAACAUACUUCGAUAUGUGCUUCCGUAUAUAAGUUUCUUAUUAAUCAAGCAAGGUUUAUAGCGUAUAAUAAUCAUUAAUCGUUGUGUUAAACAAAAAGCGAAAAAACGAUAUAUUACAUUUAUAUGUCCUCUUAUUGGCUAUCGACUGAGUUACAAAGGAAAUUGAUUAACCAAUGAUAUGCAUCCGCAUGGGGAAUUUUAGUGACUUCCAGUUACAUCUAUUGAGCUUCGGCAGAACGUACAGCUUUUCUGUUCAUUGUUGCACGCUCAUUGGAUAUCGCGCGACACUAUCGCACUAGUCUGCUGAGGCCAUAUGUCAUUUUGAAGUAGCGGUCAAUACAGUUAGGUUAUGUUGUUAUGUUAUUGUGUACAUAUUAAAACGACAGUGCGUUUUCUACUACACAUUUUCGUCGUAUAUUUUAUAAAAGUGUCGAAAAUUAGAGUGUUAAUAAUAAACAUUAUAAGAAAAUGGAUGUUUCUAUUAACAAUGUAAAACAGGUAAAUAUUUGCAUUAUAUUAUUAUUUCCUUGAAAAUUGCUAUCUGUAACAUUAUUGUACAAUAGAUGCU